GCCUGCCACCCAUAUCUCUGUCUUUCUCUCUCUGAUUCAAUUAUUCAUUCCUUCUGAUGCUUUGUGGAUGCAAAUCAGGGAUAUUCCAGCCUCUGAAUCCAACCCUCCUGUCCGUGCCUCUUCUCCUCUUAUCCCUGUCUCAGCUGCACUCUUCUCCGAUUCCUAUCCAUUAGAAAUGUGGUGCUCUGUGGUUCUGGUUGUCUGUGGAAUCUCUGCUUUGGUCCAGGUGUCGGUGCAGGGCCCUCACCAGAGGACCCUGUUGAAGAACCUACUGAAGGACUACAAUCGUAUGGAGAGGCCAGUGGGCAACGAUUCACAUUCCCUCACCGUCUUCUUCUCUAUCAGUCUGAUGCAGAUCAUGGAUGUGGAUGAGAAGAAUCAGGUCGUCACCACCAACAUCUGGCUUCGGAUGGUAAGCACGGCACAGCUUCAAAGCUGGUUUGAUCAUUAUCUUCAGUGGAACCAAUCUGAAUACCCUGGAGUGAAAAACCUUCGGUUCACAACUGACCAGGUGUGGACGCCAGACAUCCUCCUCUAUAACAGUGCAGACGAUGACUUUGACUCUACCUUUAAGACCAAUGUGCUGGUUAACUCCAGUGGCUUCGCAGAGUAUCUCCCUCCAGGGAUUUUCAUGAGCACAUGUAACGUAGACGUACGUUGGUUCCCCUUCGACAUCCAAAAGUGUGAGAUGAAGUUUGGCUCGUGGACGUACGAUGGCUGGCUGAUGGACCUACAAAUGAAUGAGGCCGACAUCUCCGGGUACAUGUCCAACGGGGAGUGGGACCUAGUGGGAGUGCCAGGUACUCGUAGCGAGGUGUUCUAUGACUGUUGUAAGGAGCCAUACCCUGACGUGACGUUCGUUGUGACCAUCCGCCGGCGCACUCUCUACUACGCUCUAAACUUGCUCAUCCCCUGUGUGCUGCUAUCCUCCAUGACCCUGCUCAUCUUCCUACUGCCUGCCGACUCUGGAGAGAAGAUCUCUCUGGGUAUCACUGUGCUGCUCUCUCUCACUGUCUUCAUGUUGCUGGUGGCAGAGAUCAUGCCAGCCACUUCAGAUUCCAUCCCUCUCAUAGGACAGUACUUUGCCAGUACUAUGAUCAUUGUUGGGAUGUCAGUCAUAGCUACAACGGUGGUGCUGCAGUAUCAUCACCAUGACCCAAACGGAGGACAGAUGCCCAAAUGGGUUAAUGUGGUCCUACUGCAGUGGGUAGCAUGGUUCCUACGUAUGAAGCGCCCAGGGGAGAGUGAUGACCCAGAGCGACCACCCUGCGCCCCCCACCUACGGCGCUGCUCCUCAAGCUCCCAGAGCGGUAGCAUCCCUAACCCUCCAGACCCCACACUCCACCAACUCCACCCCCAGAACCUGGUCCCUCUCCAGGCUGGCCCCCAGCACUUGGGUCAUCCCCAUCUUCACACCCAGUCCAGCGCCAACAAUGGAAACCUGCUCUACAUUGGCUUCCAGAAUCUGGACGACCCCCCACUGCUCCCAGAUCACAUGCAGAAUUACAGCAUCUCGGCCGGGCCUCCUCGAGUAGCAGGCAGUCCCCCUCCCCAUCUGCCCCCUCCAUUCUGCAGCCCUCCGCCACCCCCCACCUCCAACGCGGACACUGUGGGCUGCCCUAGCACCAUUUCCAGUGGCGGAGUCUUCGGAAUGGGGGGUGGAGGACAGUACUCAGCAGGGCGUAUAGGCGACCCCCAGCUUCAGGCUAUUCUGGAGGAAGUGCGUUACAUGGCGGACCGCUUCCGUGAGCAGGAUGAGACAGAGAGCGUGGCCGACCAGUGGAAGUUUGCGGCAGCAGUCAUCGACCGGCUCUGCCUGGUGGCCUUCAGUGUGUUCAACAUCAUCUGCACCAUCGCCAUCCUCAUGUCCGCUCCCAACUUUGUGGAGGCCGCCUCCAAGGACUUCUUCUGAGGAAGAAGAGGAUGGGGCAGAGGAGGAGGAGAUAUUAAGAGUGAGAGGAGAAGUAGGGGAGAAAGAGCAGGAUGUGGAAUGAUUUGGUGCUCAGUGUAGGAGGGCUAUUGUCGGGGACAACAGGCCCUCGUGUCAAGAUGAGGGGGGUUCUUUGGAGAUGUCUACAGUACAUCUCAAGAUGGUCUAUUGAAGUCUAUCAAGGACCUCUGAUGAAAUGGAACAGGAUGGGGAGGGAUGAGUUUAUGGGGGAAGAAUCAAAAAAUGCAUGGUUCAAGGACUGUAGAGGGUGAAGUCAAUUGUAUUGAACUAUAAGGCUUUCUCAAAGACCUAUAAGAAGUGAAGGUGAGCAGGAUGGGCAAUAAGAAAAGUGGAAUAUGGGAUAAUUCAACCUGAGAUUGAACCUACAGAGAGUGACAGAGAGGAACAUACAGAUAUAUAGGGCUGUUUGAUUUACUGGCAGAGAGAAGAUAACCCUUCACUCUCAAGUCCCAGAAAAGGCAAAGAAAGAUGGCAUCAUUUACUGAAAGGGGGGACCGGGAAGGAGGGGGAGAGACUGACUUUUAUAAGGAGAGACAACAAGGAAUGAGUGUGUGAACAGACAGAGGUAUUCUAUGGUGACAGCGAAGGAGGGAAGGUCCAACAAACUAAACUGGGCAGUGUUAAUGUGAACACUUAGAUCUCCAGGAUAAAACAGAAGAACACAUCAGAUGAGAAUAAAAUUAAUCUCAUCUUUCAUUGUCUCAUUUGUUUCAUGGGCAUCAAAUUGCAAGGUCUUAAAUAACAUGGGGUAUUUUUUGAUCGAUUGAAGCACUAAAUGAAGUCCCACUUCCUUCUCCAGGCCUGAUCUGUCAGUGGGUUGCCAGUGUCUACCAAUCUCCUUCAGUGUGCAGCACUGCUUGUGAUUGGGCAACUGCAUUAGUGCGUAAUCGUCAGUGUAAUUGUCAGUAAUUGUGUUACAGUGGAGGGUUGAUCCAAUAAUGACCCAUCAAAAAGUCACUUAAUAGAAUUUGGCAGGUCCUAAUAGAGAAGGCUCAUCUCAUUGGCUCCAAAGUGAAAGCUUAAAAGGAAAAUACCACUCAAAAACUUUAAAGUGGUCUUUUGGUAUUAUCUUUAAUUAGUCUACUGUUGACAUAUGCAAAACAUUUGAGACUGUCAGCAGUCAAGUUUUGAAGAUAUAGGAUUUUCAAGAAGGAUUUUCAUCAUGAUGUGGCAAGUGAUACUUUGCUUCUUGAAAGUCCAAUAUGUUGAAAAGUCGACUGCUGACAUGCAAAAACAUUUGUUGCUGUAUUAACAGUAGACUAAUGAAAACAAUACCAUAAUAUAGUUUGAGUAUUUUUCCUAUAAUAUACUGUAUAUGAGGAACGUGAAGGAAAGUGAGCCUCAAACCUCAAGAUGAACACAUAAAUGACUUGAUUUAAAUUACACAAUUGUCAUUUUUAUAUUACACAAUAUGGUUGAUCAUUUAUAGGAGUUAAACAUUUUCAAUAUUAAUUAUUUCCAAAUUCAACGUAUAGCUACUAAAAUAUAUUUCCUACAGUUAUUUUUAAGACCACAGAGAGCUCCUGGAAGAUCUCACAUCUCUCGCUCCAUCUCUUUCUCUCUAUAAACUGACAGAUCUCCUCCCUUCAGGGAAAACUUCAAGUUGGGAGUAGGCGGACUGACUUUCUCUGGCACAAACACAAGUAUAGAAAUAUUUCUCAU